GCAUCGUAGCAAUUAAACAUAAACCCAGUCAUGUAACUCUCCUCCUAGCAAGCGUCCACCUUCCCCAAUUUCAUUGGCAGCAGAACCUUCUACAAGUUCCUGGCCGCCCUUGAAGACCAUAGAAUCCCCUCUCUUCUCCCUCUCUCCAGUAUAAAAGAGAGGCAAAGGAUAAGCCCAUAAAAAAAUAGCAAAAUACAGCCGGGAGAUGGAGAGUGAGAACCACUCUGCAGCAGGGGAAGCCUAGUCUUUUCCUCCUACAUCUCUCCAUGGAUCCCUUUCUCGACAAGUCGAGGAGCGACAAGAAGAGGAGGUUCAGCGAAGAGCAGAUCAAGUCCCUCGAAUCCAUUUUCCAGUCCCAAGCUAAGCUCGAGCCCCGGAAGAAGCUGCAGCUGGCCAAGGAGCUCGGCCUCCAGCCUCGCCAGGUUGCCAUAUGGUUCCAGAACAAGCGAGCCCGGUGGAAGUCCAAGCAGCUCGAGAGAGAGUACGCCGCCCUCAAAGCCGACCAUGACACCUUGCUCUCCAACGUGGAGUCCCUCAAGAAAGAGAAGCAAAUUCUCAUCAAACAGAUGCAAAAGCUGACCGAAUUGCUGAAGAAGCCAACAGAAGAGAGCAGCAACGACGACGAUUCGGACGGCGGCGAUCGCACCCGCAUAGAUGAUGCAAGGCCCUGCUUUUUGGUGCGUUCGGGUGAUGAAGAGAAGAAGCCCAGCUUUUUCAAUCAGGAAGAACCGGACUGCUUAUACGUGGGCGAACCUGAGGGUGGCUUCCUGACAUCGGUCGGGAAACCGUGCGAUUUCAACUGCAAUAGUGGUUCUCCAGAGCAGUGCUGUGCCACUGCUUCUGAGUGGUGGGAGUUUUGGCCGUUGACAGAAUAGAGCCCUGUCAUCGCGGAACAUGUAAACCAUAGAGCAAAUAGAGUUAGUCUGCUGCCUCGAGUCGGAUUACAAUUCCAAACGCUCUUGUAAAAUAGCUUUCUCAUUAGUGCAUGGAAUUUCUGAUGCUAUGUGAUCUUCCCGGUGUAAUAGGAAUAAAUAAACUUGCAAGUUAGAAUC